GGACCCCCAGGCGGGGCGACAGGCAUCGGGCCCCCAGGCGGGGCGACAGGCAUCAGGCCCCCAGGCGGGGCGACAGGAGCCGGGCCCCCAGGCGGGGCGAUAGGCAUCGGGCCCCCAGGCGGGGCGAUGGGCAUCGGGUCCCCAGGCGGGGCGACAGGCAUCGGGCCCCCAGGCGGGGCGACAGGCAUCGGGCCCCCAGGCGGGGCGACAGGCAUCGGGCCCCCAGGUGGGGGCGCCGGGCCCCCAGGCGGAACGGCGGGCGCCAGGCCCCCAGGAGGGGCGACAGGCAUCGGGUCACCAGGCAUCAGGUCAUUUGGCUCGACAGCGGGCACCGCGUCAUCUGGCAAGGCAGUGGGCACCGAGUCACCAGGCACUACAGUGGGCUCUGAGUCAAUUGGCAUGACAGCGGGCACCGGGUCA